GAAUUAAAGCUAACAUCCAGUAGUGGUAAUGUUGAAAAAAUCAUUGAAACAGUUUCUAUUCAAAUUCACACUGAUUGUUAAUCAGUACAAAUAAAAGACUCUUGCUAAACGAAUUUGAACGAAAUUGUUUAAUUGCGGAGAAAAGAGCAAAAUAAACGUUGAAUUUAUCAUCGGUCGGGGUUGGUACAAACCGAAAUUCAAAAUUACUGAUAUCUCUGUUUAGCUCCCUCAUUCGGCAGCAACUCGAUAUAAUUCUCGGUUGGCGAUAUCAUUUGGGCCGGAAAAGCCAAACGUACACAAUGAAAACGCUGUAGAUCUAGACGCACUUGUGUACUUCCAUUAUCGAUCGGUUGUUUAUUUACAUUGUCUUCACUUCAUUCAUGCGCGUUUCAGAUGUGAACUUGUCCGUAUUUGAACUUGAAGAAGCUUUUGUAUUUAUUUCUGCGUGAAUAUAUAGUUAUAUCAUAAUCUUCAAUAAAUAUCGUGACUUGUCUUGAGCGUUAUGGAAGAUAUGGAUCGGCGAAAGGCCCGGCGAAAGGAGACCAGGGCGGCAUAUGAAACUAGACGGGGGUCGCGGAGUCGACUUUCACUAUCGACGAAGGUGCAUGGAAUGUUUAGAGAGACGAUGUCUUCCGCCGGUACCGACCAAAAUGACAGCUUUUUGGAGCUCCUGCUACAAACGUAUCAAGAACAUUCUGAAAACUGUUCCACUUCCAGCGUGAGAAAUACAGGAGACAGGAGAUGUCCAUUGGUAGCAUCGACACCAGUUAAGACAGUUACAGGCCAAGUUGACAGCGGCUCAGAUGUGCCAUCUCUUCCGUCAUCUGUAGGUUCUAUCCACACUACCCGAUCUUCCAGUCACAACACAGAGGAUUCUGUUGCAAGUGAAACAAACAAGUUUGAUAUCAGUGUCAGUUUCGUGGAGAAAGGGGACUACAUCUACCCAAAAGAGCCCAUCGUCGACGUGGAAAAUGAUUCUGACUUUGAGGACCCAGAGGCUACAUUAAGUCUACAAAUCGGGGAGGAUUGCAGAGGACUUGAGGCGGUUGGACCAGAAAACGACGUGUUGGGGGAGGUAACAGAUGGACAGGGAGACAUGACGAGUGAGUUCACCAGAUCUGGGCUACACAAAAAGAUUGGUGCAGAGGAAGGAGAGGAAAUGGAGCUCUACAUCAUUUCCAAAGAGCGAUUGGUGGACUUGGCCACCAAGGCAAAGUCUCGAUGCCAGAGAUGCGGGUCUAGUGUGCAAGUUGCUGUGCGUCAUGCCAAUGGCAGUGCAGCACACGUAGACUGGGUAUGUCCAGAUGGUCACACAACGCCAUCCUGGUGCUCGCAGGAGACUAUCAAUGGGUCACACAUCGGGGACAUCAAACAGGCCAGUGCAAUUCUCUUAAGUGGAAACAACUUCCAAAAAAUAAAAAUGAUGUCGCAGUUUAUGAGGCUCCACUGCAUAAACAAAACAACUUUCUACCAGCUGCAGAAGAAAUACCUGUGUACGUGUGUCGAGAAGUACUGGGAGGGAGUGCAGAGGGAGACCCUAGCCAAGCACUCUGGAACACCCGUAGUCCUGUGUGGGGACGGACGCAAUGAUAGCCCUGGGUUCUGUGCCCAAUACCUCACCUAUACGCUCAUGGAGCAUGAUACAAAGGACGUAUUCAACGUUCACUUUGUUGACAAGAGGGAAGUGGACAUGAAGAGUCCAGUGAUGGAGGCAAAAGCAUUCAAAGAAAGCCUCCAUCAAUUGGAGGAAAAAGGCGUCCACAUCCAAGAGAUCGUCACCGAUGCUCACACCUCGAUAGCCAAGCACAUGAGGGAGAAACGGCCAGACAUCACUCACUCCUGGGACGUGUGGCAUGGUGCCAAGAAUCUGGGAAAGAAGCUGUCCAAGGUGUCCGCUAGAGCAGCUACGAGGCGUUUGGUGUUUUGGAUUAGGCAUGUGGUGCUCCAUUUUUGGUACUGCGCAAAGGAAUGUGGCAGGGAUACUAGGGCUUUGAAGGCAAAAUGGCAUGGGCUCACCCACCAUGUAACGAACAAACACACCUGGAUCUCUGGAAUGGGACAGUCAAAUACAUGCGACCAUGGAGAAUUGGAGAAUCCAGACAGGGAGGAGUGGCUGAGCCCAGGAGACAAUGCUCACAAAGCACUGGUGGAGGUGGCCUACGAAAGGAAGUUCAUCAAUAACAUGCGCUACUUCUCCAAUUUCAGACACACCGGUACAUUGGAAUCCCUCCACAACCAUAUCCUAAUGUACGCUUCCAAGCGGUAUUCAUUUGAGUACCCAGCCUACAGAGCUAGGAACCUCUUGGCAGUAAUCGACUACAUGGCUCACAAAGACAGGCCUGUGACGACUGAUGAUCAGGGGAAGCAGAAGCAUGUAGCGGUAUGGUCGAAGCAUGCCAAGAACUAUGUGGCACGGCCUGUGAUGGUUCCUAAGACAUACUCGUACAUCCCAGUUCUCAUGAGGGACAUCCUUGCAAGGAGAGAGAGAGAUGAGAUGCCCCUCUUCGCCAAAACAGGACUGAUGCCAGGAGAUCCUCGGGCAAUCCGACCACGUCUUGCUCCCUUUCCGCCACCCUCCAUUGAAGAAAUAUUGGGCAGGAGACAUACCCGACUAGAUGGCAACUGAUGGCAACUACAUGGCCACACUUGUGCAGUGAUUAUAUUUUGUUAAUAAUCAUAGCUAUGUCAUAUUCCAAUCAAAGCUAUAAUGGUUUUUAUGAUGCAUGAUUUUCGUGAUAUGAAGUUGGAUGUCAAUAGUAAUAGGCAUAUUUUUCUGUUGAGUCAGAUAUACUGUUGCACUUAGCACUAUAUGGAAAUUCCCUUGCAUGUACAAUUACAGGUGUGCAACUUGAACAUGAAAUUACAUGCACUUUGAUUGUGUUGAUAAAAUGACUUGAACGUUUGAAGAGAAGGUUGAGUUCUGGGAAGAGGUGAAAAAUAAUUUGUGAACGUUAUCAUUCUUAUUAUGCAAGUGUGGAAGAACAUCAGAAA